AUGACCAGCGAACGCAGUGGAACUUCCACUGUGACUGGAAGCUGGCUCGCUUCCCGCCGCUGGAAUUUCGGCGCUCGCAGCAACAAAAGCGACAACGGGGCGCUCUUUGUUUGGCUCGAAAAACUCAGAGCCUUUGCCACGUGGAAUACUCGAGCUUCGAGAGCGACACUCGACCAUCGAGGCGAGUUUGGGAAGGAGGAGGAUGGAUGGGGCUGGGUGGAGCGGCGAUUUCCGUCUCCAAUCCUGGGAAACGAGCUUCCUGCCUGGGCUCCAUGGCAGUGCCAUGGCAGGAGCAGAGCAGAGCACAGCACAGGAGCAGGCUUCAUGGAUCUCGAAGUUCAGCCAUGGAUAGUGCGCAUGAAGCGGCACCGCAGCAAAACCAUGCAGAGUUCUCAUCAAUCGAUCGUGGCAUGGACCAGCUCAAGAGCCAUUUCACCAAGCAGGCCAAGGCUGAAGCGCGGCGCAACUGAAGGCUACAGAACGUCUCGCUCGCUGCCUGUACUGUACCGUGCUGUAGCAGCAAACACGGCCCAAGCGGUGCAGCCCGUGUCUCGCCCCGCGAACGGCUUGAUGCCACCGCUUUGCAGAUCUCCGUGGCAUGUGUGGGACGAGCGUUCCCUCGCCGGUAAGCAUCGGCAGGGAGGCGCUGCGUCAUGCCGCCGGCACUUUGGCGCUGCUCUGGCCGGAGCGGCGCAGCCGGAGCCCGGGAAAGAGAGCCACGCCAAGCAGGAGGGACCUUCCUCCGUCCUCCUCGUCUGCAUGAUGACUCGCCAGGGUUUGACGGUCUCCGCAACGGUCUCGGCUGCAGAGACCAUUGUCGAGGGCGGAGCAACGGCCUCGUCUGCAGACUCAGGAGCAUUGGCCAGCAAGCGAGGCGGCACUGGAAUGGACCCCUCUCUUGGCUCGCUCGGCGAGACCGGCUCACCUUUUUUCCAGAGCAGCGGACAGGCCGGCGCGAAUGCCGCACCCGACGACCGCGCGACUGGUUCACCCAGAGUUCGGACAGAGUUAAACGCUCGCAGGCGCGGCGAGCGCGAUCGGACGUUAGUCAUCUCUCAUCUUGGUUUCGCCCUGUCCUCGGCCCAGUUUGCAGCUGGGCGCGCGCAGACCGAGCGCGCUCUCCGCGUCGAUCUGCCCGCGUGUCGAGAGAUCCGCAGCCUCGGGACCAGAAAUCGCGCGGAACUCAGCGCCUGCCUGCCCGCCUUCAGCAUUUCACUGGCGCUUCGCUUCCUCGCCAGAGCCGAGCCGAGCCGCCAUGGCGAGGUGGAGACGCUCGAGCUCCAGCCUGGAGCUUCUCAUGCUCGCAUCUUGGGCUUUGAGCAGUGGUCGCCGGGCCCAGCUAUGCCAGUUCCUUGA